AUGGCUAGAAAAGCAUCUUCCAAAGUUGCUGUCGAACCAGUGAAGUCCACUGAAAAAAAGAGAGUAUUGGAGGAGAAUGAUGCUUCCGAUUCGGAGGAUGAGAGAAUUGAAGUAGAUGGCCUAAUUGCCGAAGAAAGUAGCGAUGAAGAAGCAUCUGCUGCCGAAGAAUCACCAGAAGACGGAUCAGAUGAAGAAGAAGAAGAUUCUGAUGCUGAAUUCAACAAACUUCUUGCAGAGGAGGAGGGCUCUGAUGAAGAAGAGUACAACACCUCUGACUUCUCAGAAGCAGACGAUGGCCAUUCUAUCACAGAUAGACUAUCUAACGUGAAGAUAACAACGAUUCCUGAAUCUGAAAAUGGCAACGUUACAGUCACCAAAUAUUCUGAUGGUAGACCAAGAAUUAUUAAACCUGAAAUUAACCCUAUCUACGAUAGUGAUGAUAGUGAUGUAGAAACCAAGAACACUAUCGGUAACAUCCCAUUAUCAGCUUACGAUGAAAUGCCUCAUAUCGGUUACGAUAUUAAUGGUAAAAGAAUUAUGAGACCUGCCAAGGGUUCGGCUUUGGAUGACUUGCUAGAAAGCAUAGAAUUACCAGAAGGGUGGACAGGUUUGCUAGAUAAAGAGAGCGGUGCUUCCUUAAACUUGACAGAGGAAGAACUAGAGUUGAUCAAUAAACUACAAAAGAACGAACAAACUGAUGAAUCUGUUAAUCCGUAUGAACCAUUAAUUGACUGGUUCACUAGACAUGAGUCUGUAAUGCCUGUCACUGCAGUUCCAGAGCCAAAGAGAAGAUUUGUUCCAUCCAAACAUGAAGCAAAGCGCGUGAUGAAGAUUGUUAGAGCUAUUAGAGAGGGUCGUAUCAUUCCACCAAAGAAAUUGAAGGAACUUAGAGCAAAGGAAGAACAAGAAAAUCAUAACUACGACUUAUGGGAAAACUCAGAAGAAUCUUCUGACCAUAUUAUGAACCUAAGAGCUCCAAAACUUCCACCUCCAACUAACGAGGAGUCUUACAAUCCACCAGAAGAAUAUUUAUUAACUCCCGAAGAGAAAGAAGCAUGGGAAAAAAUGGAACCAAGUGAAAGAGAAAGAAAUUUCUUACCUCAAAAGUACGGUGCUCUAAGAAAAGUACCAGGUUACGCUGAGUCAGUUAGAGAAAGAUUUGAAAGAUCAUUGGAUUUGUAUUUGGCUCCUCGUGUUCGUAAAAAUAAACUAAAUAUUGAUCCAGAAUCUUUGAUUCCAGAAUUACCAUCACCAAAGGACUUGAGGCCAUUCCCAAUUCGUUGUUCUACCGUAUACAUUGGUCAUAAAGGGAAAAUUCGUACCAUGUCUAUCGAUCCAAGUGGUCUUUGGUUGGCUACUGGUUCCGACGAUGGUACUGUUAGAGUGUGGGAAAUCCUAACAGGAAGAGAAGUCUAUCAAGUAACAAUCAUUGACACAGAGGACAACCACGAUGAUCACAUCGAUGCUGUCGAAUGGAAUCCAGAUGCAUCAACCGGUAUUCUAGCAGUCGCGGCUGGUGAGAAUAUCUUUUUAAUCGUUCCACCAAUCUUUGGCUUUGAAAUUGAAAACAAUGGUAAAUCAAAGAUUGAAUAUGGUUUCGGUUUCGAUACGUUCGGAAAUGUUAAGAAGAGUAAUCUAAAUGUGAAUAGCGAUGACGAAGAUGAAGGAGCUGAAUCACAGGGAGUGAAGAAACAAGUUGCCCAAUGGAACAAGCCUACAGAGAGACAAGCUACAAAGGACAUCUGUAUAGUAAUAACUUGCCGUAAAUCUGUGAAGAAGUUAUCUUGGCACAGAAAGGGUGACUACUUUGUCACCGUUCAACCAGACUCAGGUAACACAUCUGUUCUAAUUCACCAAUUGUCGAAGCACCUAACCCAAUCUCCAUUCAAAAAGUCCAAGGGUAUUAUUAUGGAUGCCAAAUUCCAUCCUUUCAAACCACAACUUUUCGUAUGUUCUCAAAGAUAUGUUAGAAUUUAUGAUCUAUCACAACAAAUCUUAAUUAAAAAGCUACUACCUGGUGCCCGUUGGUUAUCUACCAUUGAUAUCCAUCCUAGAGGUGACAAUUUAAUUGCGUCAUCAUUCGAUAAAAGAGUAUUGUGGCACGACCUUGACCUUGCAAGUACUCCAUACAAGACUUUAAGAUAUCACGAAAAAGCCGUAAGAAGUGUAAGUUUCCACAAGAAGCUUCCAUUAUUCUGCUCAGCUGCAGAUGAUGGUAACAUCCAUGUCUUCCACGCCACAGUUUAUGAUGACUUGAUGAAGAACCCGAUGAUUGUUCCUUUGAAGAAAUUAACAGGUCAUAAGUUAGUGAACAGUUUAGGUGUGCUAGACACCAUCUGGCAUCCUCGUGAAGCUUGGCUAUUCUCGGCAGGUGCUGAUAAGACUGCUCGUUUGUGGACCACUUAG